CAGGUGAUCUCUGCAAUUGUUUGUGCUCAGGAAAAUCUUCUACAGACGCAUAAAAACUCGAAGAAAAGGAGAAAAAGCACUCUCCAAUGGAGAGUAUAGUUCUUCCCUGCAAAACCAUAACUCCGAAAAUCCCGGAAAUUUCCCACAGGCCAGCAAAACCCUUGAUAUCUUUAAAAAAUGCCCCUCCAAAACCUGACUCAAAAUUAGAUGCCCACUUAAAGAAUCUCUGCAAAAAUGGGCGCCUCAAUGAAGCCAUGGCCUCUUUAGACUUCAUAGUUAAUUGCGGAUCCACGGUAAAGUCCAACACUCUUUCGCACCUGAUUGACUCCUGCAUCGACUCCAGUUCACUUGACUUAUGCUAUAAGCUGCAUGGCUAUGUAAGAAAAUUGCUAAAGGACUCAGACCCGUUUGUUGAAACGAAGUUAGUUAGUAUGUAUGCAAAAUGUGGGUCACUUGAAAAUGCAUUUGAAGUGUUUGAUGCAAUGAGUGAGAGGAAUUUGUACGUGUGGUCUGCGAUAAUUGGGGCAUGCUCGAGGGAGAAGAAGUGGGGUGAAGUGGUGGAGCUUUUUUAUUCAAUGAUGGAGAGUGAUAAUAUUGUUCCGGAUGAUUUUUUGUUUCCCAAGAUUUUACAGGCUUGUGGGAACUGUGGUGAUUUGGAGACGGGGAGAUUGAUUCAUGGAAUAGUUACUAAAUGCAGGAUGAAUAGCCAAGUUCGCGUGAAUAAUUCAAUCCUCGCUGUUUACUCAAAAUGUGGGUGGUUGAACUCUGCAAAGAGGUUUUUUGAAGGAAUGGAGGUGAAGGAUAUAGUUUCUUGGAAUGCAAUAAUAACUGGUUAUUGUCAAGAAGGCGAGAUAAAGGAGGCACGCAGAUUGUUUGAUUUGAUGUGUGAAGAAGGCGUUGAACCAGGUGUUGUCACUUGGAAUAUAUUGAUUUCGAGUUAUAACCGGUUGGGAAAGUGUGACAUUGCCAUGGAAAUGAUGAAGGAGAUGGAGAAUUGUGGAAUCAUGCCAGAUGUCUUUACUUGGACUAGUGUGAUUUCGGGGCUUGCACAAAAUAAUAGGAGGUUGGAGGCAUUAGAAUUAUUCGGGGAGAUGCUUCUGUCUGGGGUUGGACCUAAUGAGGUUACGCUCAUGAGUGCUAUCUCAGCUUGUGCAUCUUUGAAAAAUUUAAGGAAAGGAAAGGAAAUUCAUUUGGUCGCCAUGAAGGUGGGGUAUGGUGAAGAUGUUCUAGUGGGGAAUUCACUUGUUGAUUUAUAUUCCAAGUGCAGGAAACUUGAGUCUGCUAGGCAGGUGUUUGAUAUGAUUUUGGAGAAGGAUGUCUAUACUUGGAACUCGAUGAUUGGUGGAUAUUGCCAAGCUGGUUACUGUGGGAAAGCACAUGACCUCUUUAUGAAAAUGCAGAAAUCAGAUGUAUUACCAAAUGUCAUUACAUGGAAUGUGAUGAUCACAGGUUACAUUCAAAGUGGAGAUGAAGAUCAAGCUAUGCAUCUUUUUCAAAGGAUGGAGAAGGAUGGAGGUAUUAAGCGAGACACUGCAUCAUGGAAUGCUCUUAUUGCUGGCUACUUACAGCAUGGACAGAGAGAUAAAGCAUUGGGCAUCUUCCGGCAAAUGCAGUCUUUUGGUGUAAAACCCAAUUCAGUUACUAUUUUGAGCAUCUUACCUGCAUGUGCAAAUUUAAUUGCUGGGAAAAAGGUGAAAGAGAUCCAUGGCUAUGCCCUACGUAGCAAUUUAGUGUCUGAGCUUGCAGUUGCAAAUUCCCUAUUAGACACGUAUUCCAAGUCGGGGAAUAUCAUUUCUUCAAAAUCCAUGUUUAAUGAAAUGUCAACCAAAGAUAUCAUUACCUGGAACACAAUGAUUGGUGGUUAUGUCCUGUACGGUUGUCCAUAUUAUGCAAUCCAGCUCUUUGAACAGAUGGGAAAAGAGGGAUUUAGACCAAACAGAGGUACAUUAGCAAGUAUGAUUUCGGCUUACGGUCAAGCUAAGAUGGUUGAUGAAGGGAGACAUCUUUUCUCUAGAAUGCCGGAGUAUUAUCAUGUUUUACCUUGUCUAGAUCAUUAUGCAGCAAUGGUAAAUUUACUUGGUCGUUCAGGGAAGCUUGACGAAGCAUUUAAGUUCAUUAAAGAUAUGUUUGUGGAGCCAGAUGUCUCUAUCUGGUCUGGUUUACUAACUGCAUGUUGUACCCACGGAAAUGUCAAACUGGCAGUCUAUGCUGGGAAGCGGUUGCUUGAACUGGAACCAGAAAAUGCCCUGGUUCGCAGGUUGGUUUCACAGCUAUAUGAUUUAAGUGGGAUUUCCAGGGAAUCUUUCAAAAUGAGAAGGCCUGGAAAAAGAAACGAUCCUAAAGAAUAUCUAGGAUGUAGCUGGAUUGAAGACAAAAAUGUAGUGCAUUCUUUUGUUGCUGGUGGUCAUCAUAAGCUAGAUGAUAAAUUUCUACUUUCUUAUACAAGGAGCACAGAGAUAAAAUCCAAGGAAACAGAGUACCGUGAUAGGCUUAGCAUUCAGGAAGAAGAGAUGGAAGAAACCGGAGGAGUUCAUAGUGAAAAACUUGCUUUGUCUUUUUACCUCAUCAGAUCUCCUCAAACACCUCGAAAUAUACGGAUUGUCAAGAACCUGAGAAUGUGUGAGCAUUGCCAUGGGGUUGCCAAAUUGGUCACUAAGACGCAUGGGUGUGAAAUAUAUUUAAGUGAUUCGAAAUGCAUACACCAUUUCAAACAUGGGAUGUGUUCUUGUGGUGACUAUUGUUUUGGACCAUUAGAAGCUGUAGAGGCUUUUAAAGAACUGAAGCUCUGUCUUUGUAGAAUCACAUCAUUUAGUUACCUGGAUGCUCAAUUAAAUUCAGGAAUUACUAUUGUGGUCGCUGAAAUUGCAAACUACCGUAAGAGUUUCGAGAAUUCUGGAAAACACAUCAUAUCUGUCGGGCCAUGGGGAGGUCAAGAUGGAGUUCACUGGGAUGAUGGAGUUUACUCCACAGUAAGGCAAUUGGAGAUAACUCAUGGAGCUGAAGUAGUUUCGAUUAGGAUUGAAUAUGAUAGGAGUGGGGCCUCAGUUUGGUCAGAAAAGCAUGGUGGCAAUACAGGGGCUAAAACUGACAAGGUCAGGCUUGAUUACCCAGAUGAGUUCCUAACUUCAAUUCAUGGACAUUAUGGUAGCUUACAAGCAUGGGGACCAGUCUUUCUUCGAUCACUUACUUUCGAAAGCAAUAAAAGAACUUACGGGCCUUAUGGCAUUGAACAAGGUACUUAUUUUUCAUUUCCAACAAGUGGCAAGAUUGUUGGCUUCCAUGGAAAUUGUGGCUGGUACCUGGAUGCUAUUGGCGUUUAUUUGGAGCCUAUUCAUAAACCUAUUGCUUCAAAUUCUAUCGUUCAGUCUCGGAAUUAUGGUUUCCAUCAGACUGAGAAGUGUGAAUACUCGAUGAUCCAAGGAGGCCUUGGUACAAACUAUGAACUUAUUGUUGCUGUUAGAAACAAGGAUGAUCGCAACAAUUCUCCCGCAUAUCACCUCUCAAGGCAGACUUCUCGUGACUCCAGCUAUGCAAAACCCAAGAAUGAGAUUGCACGUGUAAACUCCAACAAAAUUGAGAGAGUCCCCUCUAAAAAUGUCAAAGGAGUUUUGACAUAUGGACCAUGGGGUGGUAAUGGUGGAAGCCUAUUUGAUGAUGGGGUCUAUGAUGGCAUCAGGCAAAUUAAUUUAUCACGCAAUGUGGGAAUUGUUUCUUUAAGAGUUUGCUAUGAUCAAAAUGGGCAAGCUGUCUGGGGAAGCAAAAAUGGAGGCACUGGAGGAUUUAAAAAAGAUAAGAUUGUGUUCGAUUACCCAUCAGAAAUCUUGGCUCACGUAACGGGCUACUAUGGACCUACAAUGAUUAUGGGCCCUGAAAUCAUCAAGUCACUAACUUUUCAUACUACAAAGAGAAAAUAUGGCCCCUAUGGAGAAGAAGAAGGGAAGCACUUCUCAACUCAUUUGAAAGAAAGAUCGCUGAUUGUUGGAUUCCAUGGAAGGAAUGGAUUGUUUAUCGAUGCAAUCGGCGUCCAUGUGCUAGAAGGGAAAGCUGUGCCUGCAUCAAAUCCUCUCUCCAACAGCGACCAAAAUGCAGGAUCCCCCACCGAGUCCAAAAACAAAAUUCCUACAUCAAAUUCCACCUCCAUGUCCAACAACCAAACUUCAGUGUUAAAACACAAAGCUGAUAUUCCCCAAUGGUUUUCAAAAAUAGGAAAGCAAGCACAAAACGGGGAGGUUGUCGAACGACUGGUGAAAGAUCCAGCUCCAUAUGGACCUGGUCCAUGGGGUGGAAAUGGUGGAAAGCCCUGGGACGAUGGAGUAUUCUUUGGGAUUAAACAGAUCAAACUAACAAGAAUGGAGGCCAUUUGCUCUAUUGAAAUUGAGUAUGAUCGAAAUGGGCAAUCUGUUUGGUCAGUAAAACAUGGUGGCAAUGGUGGACAAAUAACUAAUCAGGUAAAGUUGGAAUAUCCUCAUGAAGUAUUAACUUGCAUAAGUGGAUAUUAUGGUCCUAUCAGCAAGGACCAGGGAACAGAAGUCAUAAAAUCCUUGACAUUUUAUACAACUCGGAAAAAAUACGGUCCAUUUGGUGAAGAGUUGGGUGGUUUUUUCACAUCAAAUACCACAGAAGGGAAGGUGGUUGGCUUUCAUGGGAGGAGCGGCAUGUAUUUGGAUGCGAUUGGAGUUCACAUGCAACAUUGGUUAGGAAAUAAAAGAUCAUCUAAGAACUCAUCUGUCAUGAAAAUGUUCUCCUGAUUAGAAGUUAUGAUCCAAAUAAUGGAGUCCUAUCGGUAUAUUGAGAAUCAUCAUCAAAUUUCUAUUUAGUGUUAACUGAGUCUGUUCUACAUAAAAUUGUAAUUUGCAGCUGCAAAUGUAGUCGAAAUGUGUAACAAUAACGGUUAUUAUAUUCAAUGAAUUAAGCUUGUUGGCGAAAA